AUGGCGCCGAUAUCCGGCCUUGAGAGAAGUAAACAAGUUAACAGAGUCUGCGCUGGAAUUCCCCUGGUCUCGGACCAGAGGCGUCCUAAUCAGAGCCUCUUCAUUUGUUUAUCAGUGAACAGCCACCCCUGCUUCCCGAGUGUAGGUCGUGGGAGACAUCAGUCACGGAUCACAUUCGCUGUAUUUUCAGCUCCUGUGCGCUGUGGAUUUCAGCCCAGCGCGAGAGCCUGGGAACCGCGGAGGGAGAGACACCUGUGCCUCAGGGACGCAGGCCGCGGCCGGAGCCCGGCUGGAACUAGGGGCGCGGGGAGCUGCAGGUGCGGGCGCGGGCCGCGCAGCCCGACGGCGCUAGAGCGGCGCUGCAGCCGGCCGGUGAGGACGUCCCCGCGGAGCCAGCGGCCCGCUGCGUCCCAGCCAGCGCCACGCGCGCCUCGCCGCGGACGGUCCGAAGUCCGCGCUAUGGAAGAGGAGAAAUAUUUGCCUGAGCUGAUGGCAGAGAAAGAUAGCCUGGAUCCAUCUUUUGUGCACGCAUCGCGCCUUCUGGCGGAAGAAAUUGAAAAAUUUCAAGGUUCAGAUGGAAAAAAGGAAGAUGAAGAAAAGAAAUACCUUGAUGUCAUCAGCAACAAAAACAUAAAGCUCUCCGAAAGAGUACUGAUUCCUGUCAAACAAUACCCGAAGAUCAAUCUUUAUGUGCAUUAAUGCAGAAAAUUAGAGUUCCCAAAUGUGU